GAAAAACUUCCACCAUCAAGUAGGAUCAGUGAGUUGUCGUGUUCGGUCGUCCGAGCUGCCACAUUAUCUUCAGGUCGGGUUCCACUUUUUUUUAUCUCAACCACAGGCCGUGCGACUUGGUUGUGUGCACUUCUCUGAUGCUCGUUCCAUUGCGGCGGAACAAUAC